AUGUCUUCCCCCAGACUCAUCCCCACCUGGAAAGAUUUUAACUACCUCAUAAAUGAUAUCAUACAUAAAAACAAGGAAUCUUCAGAUGACUCAAAGAGUGAUACAGUUGUUCUGAGUGACCGGUCCCAGACACUGUUCAAAGAAUCUCGCUUUCCUCAAAAUAUGCCAUUUAUAUGCUACUACUUCUGUGAUGCCUACUUCUUUGCUUCUCUCUCCUGGGUGACACCCCACACAAAAGAAAUGCAGGCUAUAGUGUGGUUGAAGAGUAAAUCUGAGGACACAGUUGAGAAGAAAGCAUUCUUCAUGAAUGAGCGACUGCCACCCAUCCAGUCAAUGGUCCACACGGGUUCCUAUCAUAUCCUUGUGGCCUACUGUGGUGACCUGAUUCUGCGCCUCUUUGGGGACCACUUUCGGGCAUUCAAACCCCUCGCCACAGUGCCCUGCCGCUUCAACAUCAACUGUCUCUGCUAUGACCCAGAAAUGAAGAUGCUUCUGUCUGGCAUCCGGGGUUUAGUGGUCACCUGGGUCAUUGAUCAAAGUGGCAAGGGCCUCCAGAUAGCUCACAUGAUCUCCAUCCCUGGUAAUGAGCUUGUCCAGGACAUUGUGCUGAAUGGCCCCAAUGGCUCUGUCCUAGCCCUGUGUGAGACUGUGGUGAGAGCCCUUGAGCGCCAUGGCCAGGGCAUGCUGGCAGAGAUGAAGAAGUUCAUCUCCACCAGCAGUGGCUCCUCUAUCACCUGCUGCUUCACGGCUUUGGACAAGGGUUUUCUCUAUGCUGGAAACCAGGCAGGGGAAAUCCAAGUAUGGAAUGUCAAUCACAGCCAUGCCCUCUACAGUUUCAAGGCCCACAUCUCAUUAGUGGUUUGUAUCCGCAGCCGAUCAGAGGCCAACACCCUGCUAACAGCUGGCCAGGAAGGCCUCGUGAAGGAGUGGAACCUGACUUCAGGGAACCUGCUUCGGCGACUAGAACUUGGCGAGGAGCUGUACCGCCUCCAGUUUAUUGAUGACACUACCUUCUUCUGCCAAACUACCCAUACAUUUUUCUUGUGCCAACUGCCCUGCUUCUAUAGCCUCUUUCAUGUCUGUGGCUCUGCUCCCCAGCAGGUGCAUCGGGUCUGCUGUGGUGAUGAUUGGUACAGGAUCCUGUGCAUUACAGAUGAUGGCCUGUUGCGCUUUGUGUCCCCAAUAACAGGGGACCUUCUGCUUCUCACCUGGCCCUUCUCCAUCCUGGACGAGGCUGUGGACUGGGCCUAUGACCCACGUAAAGAGGAGCUCUUUGUGGCAACAGGCAACACAGAGGUGCUGGUUUUUGACACAACCCAUAAUCCAUCCCCAGCCAAGUAUAUUUUAUGCAGCUCAGUCAAUUCUCAGGACUUUGUACACUGCCUGGCUUAUGGGCAUUUCCAUCUGGGGCGAGGGAUAGAAGGACUGAUAUUCUCUGGGCACCAGAGUGGUAUGGUAAGAGUGCUUUCCCAGCACAGCUGUGCCCGAAUAGAGAAAUUCAUACACUAUGGGGCUGUACUGGCACUCUCUACGCUGUCUGCGAGGCUUCUGGGUGGCCGAGAAAACUCUUUGCUGUGUUCUUAUGGGAUGGAUGAUUAUAUACACUUAUCAGAAGCUGUGCUUGAGGGGACAAAAUUACAACUGCAGCCUCUCUCAAGCAUUCUCAGCAGCUGUCACCUAAAACAACUGGUACUCUUGCCCCACGCUGUGGGUGCCAUCACAGACACUAACUGCCUGCGUCUCUGGAAGUUCCAUGAUUUUAUGUCCUAUGAGUCACGUCCAGGCUCAAAAUUCAUAGAGACCUUGCCUCUGCACCAAUGUACCAUCACAUCCUUUGAUGUCUGCUUGUCUCUGAGUCUUUUUGUCACCACUGGCAGUGAUGGCUCUGUCCGGAUCUGGGACUUCCAUGGUAGACUCAUAGCCAUGCUGGACUCAUCACUGCACUUUGGCCCAGUCUGCUUUGCCAAUGACCGGGGUGACCUGCUGGUGACUUUCAAUCAGGGUCUUUAUCUGGUAUCCUGUUUAAAACUGCUUCCCCCUAGCCUGCUUUCUCUCCUUUCCUUAAGGAGUAUAACAGAUGAAGUGCUAGAAGCCCCUAAGCCUUUCAUACCAAGCUUCCUUUUCUCUUUUGAGAUUAUGUUUGUGCCCAAGUAUAUCUACCUUGGUCAGGGGAAACAGGAACUAUUGGGCCUGCAGAACCUUAUCAAUAAGCGGGCCAUUGCCUUCGACCAUUCUGUGCCACAUGUGAUAGAAGAAGAUGCGGAUGGCAGUCCCGUGUUACUGGGUACUGGCAAACAUGUGGCGGAGGUGCAGGUGAGCAAGCCUCCUCAUCACCGUUACGUGGUUCCUCCCCAGUUGCAACUGACUUACUGGGAUGGCCUGUACCCUUACCACAUACUGAGAUGCUACUUUGGUUCUGGGAGGGAAUGGUUCCUUGCCCCCGAUUGCUACAUCCCCAACUCAGUGAUUCGUGCCCGUCUCUGGCCAGAGGGCAGCCCAAUCCACCUACAGUGCAACCUGCACGCACCCCAGCGGGAACUGGAAUGGGAACUGCCUGAACCCUUCUUCUUAUGGCACAGCAGGGUCAGAGCUUUAAGUGAAGCACAAGAAUAUGAAGAGAAGGAGGAUGAAGGCUUUCUAGCAAUGAGAAAAGCCAAGGAAGGAACCUACAGUGUCCUUAUGGACUCAGCAAGCCAAAGUUGGCUGGGUAGAAAAAUGAGUGAAAUAGCUAUCAGUAACCUAAUUGAGACAGUUCUCAAUAUUAUGCUCCAUGCUUCCCCACUGAAGUAUCAGUGCUGUAUUGGUGCACUAGGGCAGAUCUUUGCCUCUUAUCAAGUGUCUCCAUCCCUGCGCUCUGAGACCGCCCACCGUCUGGUGGAUGAUACAGCCAAUUCCAACCCACUGAUCCGAGAGCUAGCCUGGGAAGGGCUGAAGCGUCUAGGCAUGGUCACUCAUCUCUUUGCCUUGCCUCUGGCCCAAGGGUUAAUGGAUAAGGAUGAAAGAGUGAGAAAUAAGGUCCUCAGCAUCAUGCCUGACACUGGAGUCCACUCUAGGACCUCACUCUUAAACUUGAUCCAGGCACCAGACACUUUCCAGGAAAUGAAACAAGAGAUGAUUGGGGAGGAAUCCCUGGACCACCUGCUGGGGAUGCGGCCCACAGACCUCCAAAUCCUUUUCUCUCAAGUACAGCAGCGACUGAAUGAAAACUUGACCUUGUCACAAGAAGAUAUGAAGCCUUAUUUUUCUUUACAUGUCUUAAGGCCUUCUGUACCUACUAUACAACCUCCCACUAUUCCUGAAGAAACUGAAGUCAAGCGCAGCAAAGGCCAAAGACGGGGUCGACUCGGGGGCAAAAAGCACACCAAACUGUCACGAGGUCUCAGAAAGAUGAAAGAAGGAGACUUUAAACAGACGAGUACAGAGCCAGGCCCAGCAGAAGUUGAAAUUUAUCAGGGUGAAACUGUGCCACUUGAGAUGGAGGACACAGCUUUCUACUACAGGUCUUCAAUCAGUAGUUUAAAUGACUAUCAAGAUGUUGAGCUUUCAGACAUGUACUUCCCAGAUAGUCACAUUUCUAUGCCCCUGAAGGCACUAAAGAAAAUGCAUCAUACAAGAGGCAAGAAAACUCCAGCUCAGAAACCCAUAAGGAAGCACAAGAAAAGAAAAGAGGAAACAGCUGUAGUUGAGGAAGCUUUGCCUAUUAUAAUAGAAGAACCAAUUAGGAAAAAAAUUAAACCUCAGGGGCGGGGUGCUGCCGGAGUGCCUGGCCAUAGAGCUGGAGAUAGCAUCUCAUGGCGGGAUGAUCUAUGUCGUCUUAUGACCCUGAGGAUAUCUGGUUCCCAAACAAACAUGUCAGAAGAUAUAAAUGCUGAGUUAGUGACUACAGCUCAGGAGAUUCUGGCAGAUCAGAGGCCCAGCUGGGAACUCUUUCAGAAGAUCUGCCCCGUGUUAAAGAAAGAAAGCAAGGAUAUGCUUGAGGACCUUGGUGGAGAUGUAGUUUGGCCAGAGGAGAAACCAAGUUCCAUCUAUGAAGAAGUAAUUAAAGAAGACAUGGUUAUCAGAGACAAGAGAGAGAUGGCAGUGGAGCAAGAAGAGCAAGUGCAAAUGGAAGAAAAGGAGGGCUUGCACGAAGUAGUUUCAAAAAGAGGCAAGAAAAAGCAUGUUAUUUUUUUAGAACCAGGUGACCUAACUAAAAAGAAACAAAAGUCAAAGAAGGAAGAAAAGAAAUCCUCUAAGAAGGUAUCUAAGGAAGAGAGGAAAACAGGUCAGGAGGAAAGCAAAGUAGGUAAAAAGGAGAAGAAAAUAACCAAAGGAGAGAAAGAUGUGAGUAAGAAAGUAGAGGAAAUGACAAAAUCAGAAGAGAAAGUGGUGGAGCCAGAAAAAAAGCCAGUUAGUGUUGAACAAAAGCAGUCCUGGCAGGAGUGGAAGAGCUCAUGGGAUCAGUGGAAACAGGCCCACAGUGAGAGAAAGAUAUCCUGGGAAGAAUGGAAGCAAGACUGGGACAAAACCCGUCUUCAGGAAGAGAAAAAACUACCCCAGGCUAAGCAGAAGUUAUUACUGGAGGAAAAAGUGCAGGAGGGGAAGAAAAAGAAGCUGAGUUUGGAUGAGUGGAAACAGGUCUGGGAAAAUGUAUUUUCCUUCAAGUCCAAAGAAAAGAAAGAACUGACUUUAGAAAAAGGACUGGUCAAAGAGAGGGAGGAAGUAUCUAAGGAAUUGGAGAGAGAAAGAAAAGAUAAAAAAGAAGAGCUGCCCCCUACAGACAAGCAGAGACAGAUUCAAGAAGAACAAAUAAAAAUGUAUGUACAGAGAAAACAAGCCCAAUAUAAAAGAGGAGAAGACAAAGAGGGAAAAGGAUUAGCACGAGAAGAAAAACUCACAGAAGAAGAGAAAAAGCUGAUCCAGAAAGAGAGAAAAUUUGCCCUGAAAGAUGAUCAAAUAGCCCAGAUAGAGAGUAAAUUUGCCCAAAAAGAGGAAAAAUUGGCCCAAAGAGAAGAGGCAUUAAGCCACAAAGCAGAGAAAUUGGCCCACAAAAGGAAGAAACUGAACAAGAAAUUGGAGAAACUUCCUCAGGAAGAAAAGAAACUAACAAGGAGAAUAGAGAGAGCUAUUGAGGUAAAAAUAUUACUGGCCCAGAAAACAGAAAUGUUGAAGGAGAAGGAGCAAAGUCUGGAAUGGCAAGAAAACGAGCUGGCUGAGGAACUAGAGGAACUGGAAAGGAACAUGGAAGACCUGGCUGCAAAAGAAGUUGAACUGAACCAAGAAGAAGAGAGAUUGGUUAAGGAAAAGGAGCAACUGGCUCAAGAAGAGCAGGUACUGGCCUUCCGAGAGGAGAUUCUGGCUAACAAAGAGAAAACCUUGGCUGAGGAAGAAGAACUGCUGGUGCAGGAAGAACAGAAACUGGCCCAGGAAAAGGAAAAAGACUCCAAGGAAGCAAGAAGAUUGGCUCAGAAAAGGCAGAAACUGAUAGAGGACAAAGAGAAACUGGCCCAGGAAAAGGAAAAACUGGCCCAAAAUAAGAAAGAAUUCACACAGAACAGGGAGAGACUGACCCAGAUGGAAGAGAAUCUGGCUCAGAAAAGGAAGAGUUUGGCUCAGGAAAAGGAAAAACUGGCUCAGAGGAAAGAGAUUCUCCACCGUGUCGAGGAAGAGCUCCUCCAGGAGAGAAACAAAUUAGCUUGGGCAAAACAGAAAGUAAGUAUGUACAGGGAGACAUUGGUUCAGGUAGAAGAGAAGCUAAAGCAGGAAAAUGAGGUAUUGGUCAACAAGAAGGAGAAGCUGGAUGCUAUAGAGAAGAAACUGGGUCAAGUAGGUGGGAUUCUGGCUAGAAAACAGGAGAAAGUGGCCCAGAAAAAAAUGGAAUUGUCUGUGGCAAAAAAGGCAGUGCUCCAAGGAAAGAAAAUGCUCAGAGAUGAGCUGGAUGUUGCUGAGGAACAAAAGGCAUUGAACAUGAAAAGGAAGAUGAUGGCACUUCAAAAACUAGUCAGCGAUGAAAAGAAAGUAACCCAUGAAGAAAUAAAGAUGACAAAGAUAAAACGGUCACUUGUCAAGGAGAGCAGACUGAGCAAGGAACAGAGCAGACUUGAUAUUAAAGAGUUGCAUCUUUCUGAGCAAGAAUUAAAACUGGCCAUAGAUGAGAAGAAAAUGGCUAAAAAGCAGAGAGAAAUGGCCAAAGAAAUGAGAACUGUUACAGCUCAAGAGAAAAAAUUCCCUGAAGAAAAAAGUAAAUUGGCCAAGGAACUGAGAAAAGCCAAACAGGCUGCAGAAAAGGAAGGAGUAAUGGAGGAGGAAGAGGAAAUCCUGUCCCUUAAACAAAAGCGGAGAAAAAGAAAACAGUUAAAAGAAAUUGAUACCCAAAAGGGAAAGUUUCACAGAAAAUUGGAUGAGAUAGAAAGUGAAGAGAGCAUUUCUAGGGAAAUAGAAAUUCUGUUAGAAGAAGUAGAAGAGAGUUUGUCUGAGGAAGAGGAGGAGGAGGAGGAGGAGGAGGAGGAAGAGGAGGAAGAGGAGGAGGAGGAAGAAGAGGAGGAAGAGGAAGAGGAAGAAGAGGAAGAAGAGAAGGAAGAAAGGAAGGAGAAGGAGAAAAAGAGGAAGAAAAAGGAAGGAAAGAGGAAGAAAAGGAAGGUGGAAAAGGACAUUGGUUUCAAGGUAGAGGAAGAAGACAUGAGUGAGAAAGAACUGGAAAGUUUGAGUGAGAGAGAAGAGGAGAAAAGCUCAAUAGAAUUGGACAAGGAAGAAGACAGCCUAAAAAGAGAACUAUUUAAACUACAAGAAGAAAGAAGAAAGGACCUACAAAGAAGGGGAGUGGUCCCUUCUAUUGGAGCAAGAUCCACUAGGGGCAAAGACAGUGGUCUAAAACUGGGAGUUCUAAAAGUCCCUUCCAGACAACCGAUCCCAGUACCUAUGGAUAUGGGAGGGAAGAUACCAAUGCCACUACCAGUUCAACAAACAUUCUUGGAAGAAGAACCCACAGCACUCCAGACAUGGAGUAUGUUCUCAAAGGUGCAGUUGAAGGAUAAAGAAAGAGAACUGUUUGAAAAAUAUAAACACAUGCCUCUACAUGUUUUGGAUACAAUUUUAGUGUCCCAAGAGCAGGACAUGAAGACAUCAUACAUGCCCAGCAUAUUUAGGAAAACCAUGGCAGCUCAUAAAUUCAAACAGAGACUCCCAGAUGCCAGGUGGAAGUGGCUUUUAGAGCAUCAUAGGUCUCUGACAGAAAAGAGCAAGGCACAACCACAUCUUGCCCAUAUCCUGGCUUACAAACAUCCAGAGGUACACGUAAGCCUCUCAGACAUAGUGUGGAUCCACCAGGUCCUAGAAUGGAUGGAGGCAGGAGAACAGCUUUCCAGAGAUAGCUUCCACAGAUUGUGUCAGCUCCUCAAAGACCUGACCUCAGAGGGAAACUUAGAGUGGCUACGUCCAGCCACGCUCAAAACCAUUGUGCACCAUCACUUGCGGACUCUGGAGCCACAAAGCAAAAGAGCCUCAAAGCUCAGUAGGGAACUUAGGACUCUGAAACAUCUGAAAGUGAUUCCUCCUAUAAGGAGGAAGGAAAAGGAAAGUUGGCUAAAACCUUUGACUGUCCCCAAACCAUUAGCUUCGAAGACUGCUACAGACCCAAAGGCUACCAACUGGCAUCUUCUAAGUGAGCCUUACAGGAGUGCACAGAUACAGCAGUUAUCCAGUGCUCUCAGACAAAUGCAAACACAGUUUUAUCCUGCCACAAGAGACCUGUUCACAGGUUCCCAUGCCUCUGUGGACAGACAAACGCUGGCACUAAUGUUUCAGAAAGACCUUAGGGCCUUUAAGCGUAAGGAAAGAUUUCCCAAAUUGCCCAAGUUGGAGAAGAAGACACAGCCUAUCUCACAAAAAAAGGAAAAGGUCCCUCCAUGGGAGACAUUUGUGGCACUGUAUCAUGUUUUGCGGAUGCUCCGGCAGCGAUAUGCUAAAGAUACCACUGCUUGGAUAGAACAGUUCCAUCAGCUCAUGGACUUGUACCAGCUCAAGUCCCCCAGAAUCCAGAGGCUGCUACAAGAUCUGCUACUGGGAGAGGAGUCUCAGCCUGAACAGAUCAUCUACAAAGAGGCCCUGCAGGCCAUGGAGCUAGUACCUGGGGAACGGGUGUUCUACUGCCUGGUUUGUGGUGGUUCUCACACACCAAGAAGCACACUGGGGUUCCAGGAUGUCAUACCACUUCCUGGGCAGAAUAACGUGUGCACCUCCCUUCCUGUAGGUAUUGCCCAGUAUGGGAUCUUAGAGCUUGCCUGGAAGAGCCUGCCCCAAGCUGAUACUUGUCUCACCAAGGAACUUCCCCACAUCAUUGCCAGCACUCCCAAAUUUGAGACUCAUUAGAGGUCAGAACCUUUCAUUCUCAACUGGAGAAAGCUCUGCUCAUCAAAAUC